AUGGACGUCCCGUCGAUUCCCCAGAAAGCAAAACCAUGGCCGCCCGCCUCGCCCGAUCAGCAUCCUGGCCAGCAGCGAGAUCGACUGAUCGAGCACCUGGCCUUCCGUUUCCUCACGCGCAAAACUCGCCAACUCCACCUCCAUCGCUGUGGCUUCGGCCCAAACGCCCAAAACGACCUGAUCAUCAACGGCGCCUCCACCUUCCGGAAUGUGUGCCUCGACGAGUGGGAGGCCAAGCCCCGUAUGAGCCACAGCAGCCGUAGGCCCCCACCCGAGGUCUGGCUGCACCUCGGCGUUAGCAUCGCCGUGGAUACUACGCAUGGAUCCUGGAAUCGGUUCACCGCCGAGAGUAAAUCGCUUUCCUCUAUGAUGAGCGAAACGAACAAGGCCUCGUUAAGCGGCCAUUUUGCCGCUAUGGAAAACACCGAUAUGCACGGCGCUCGAGACCACGAUGAUGGCGGGUGGUGGAAGAACUGGCGGGGCCCCCGGCGCUGGGGCCGUGCUGCUGCUGCGGUGUACGCCGGUGCAGUCCAUGCCAUGGCUGCCGGGGCGUCUGUCAAUUUUGCGUGGGGCGCGUUGUCGGUGAAGGCCGGGGCCGGGAUGGCGGCUGUGACGGGGGAUGUAACGACCGCAGGAACAGCAGUGGCGUGCGUUGGAGGCGCGGUGUUGCUUGGGGCUGGCGUGGCUGCGGCGGUGUAUUUUGUUCUUUGGGGGUAUGUGUUUGGGAUGUUGAAGAGGGCGUUGUCGUGGUUCUGA